AUGGGCGAUGUCCUGGUCCAAUUUUACCGUGAUCAGCAUCGUUGCUCGUUGGGAUACCUUCGAGAUCUUCAUGGUUGGCAGGGCCAGUAUGACAAGCUAGAGACAAAUCAUUUGUAUAUUCAGUGGCUUUUUCCGAAUUAUUUCCAGUCGCAGUUCAACUCCACCGCGCCACAACUGAGCAAACCGGAAGCUCAUGUGUUUCGCAAUGACGGAGAGAUCGCACGAAAGUACAUCCAAUCCUACCGGCUGUUCCUGGACUUCCUGGGCCUGAGGCUGAUUGAUUCCGAGACCGGUGAAAUUGGUCGGGCCCCAAACGGCCGUGGCCGAUUGUAUGAAGCGUUAGUACUCCGGCAUCACAACCACCUGCGGAUCAGACGCGUGCUGGCUUCCUUGGCAAUAACUGGGUUCGAACGGUACAUGAGCCCACUGGUAAACCAUUUACGAUGGGAGAUUCUGGGAAUCAGUCUUCGUUCGAAAGAAAACGGCUUUUCCCUCCGACGGCGCAUAACCACUUUCUUGCACAUUGUUCUGCCAGGCCGGGACAAGCCAGCUUUGCGUCCUCUCCGAAAUAUACCUUCAGCUCUGGAGACUUGGGAGAAGUAUGUCGACGGAAAUUCUGCCAACUACUUCAAAAACACUCGUGCCUCCGAAGAAGACCGUGCAGAGUCGGUCUUUUUCGGCCGAGAUGUUACCAGGGAGGCACCCACAGAGCAGGUUGAUGCUGGUGUGGGCAACGGUGCAAGCACAUCCAUCUUCGCAAGGCGCUGCGUGGAGCUGGGCUUCGGCUUUGCCAGCGCCCUGGAGCCAGAAGUUGUUGCGGGUGCCUUGGAGCGCUUCAAGCCGGAUGUCACCGUUCUGGUGCCAGAUCUCAGUGGCCAAAUUCCGGAGUCCUUCUGUGCUGGCGGCGGUCGCCAGUAUGUGAUGAAGGUGGGUUCUCCGAUGAAAGGAGCACCUUGGCCGGAGUUUGCAGCCAUCUGGCUGCAGCAGGCGAAUAGCCGCAUCGCCAUUUGCAAAGCCUCUGGGGAAGAGGUGGGUGCAGAGCUUGUGGCCGUUGGCAAGGACGAGACAGCUUUGUCGCUGCGUGCCAAGCACGCGUUGGCUGGAGCCAGGCUUCUCAAGGUUCUUCUAGAGGAUGGUGAAGGUGCCAUGCCAAAGCUUGAGCUUGUAGCCUCCACAAGCAAACAGGCGCCACUUCGGAUCGACUUGAGUUGGGACGAGGAUUCCGUGGAUCGUUUCAUCCGAGCAUACCUUUUCCCUCCGCAUGAUCCUGCUGUUGUUGAAGUUCCUGCGAAGAAGGAGACCUACUUCAUCGAGAACAUGGAGCAAUUCAACGACUUCCGUAUGAAGGUCCUGGAAGAGGGCACUCGAGACGGAAGCUUCACGAAUCGAAGUUAUGCAGCAGACACGCAUUGGUACUCCAACGUCGGUGGCAGCAUUGUCAAGAUGGGGGAUUCCGACAUUCACAUGCCGCUGAAAACCUCCGAGAAGAAGCACAAGGCCAUCAUCCCUGGGGCUGCCAUUGGCGCCCGGAAGAAACUGCGAAUGAACGAGCCACUCAUUGGGCCCAAUGCAGAACGCUACUGCAGCGGGGCUUUGGCAUCUGGUUGGAUCGGCUUGCGGCCCGAGUGGUCUCAACUUGCUGAAAGCUUCUUCUUGCUGGGAUUCGCUUCACGCGAACAUCGCAGCCAUUCAGCACUCAGAAGAUUUACUCGGCCCCUGACCUGA